ACACGGAGGUCCCCAAGCGCCUGUCAGCCUUUUAGGAAAAAAGGGGAUCCCGUGUGACCUCCUCCCGGAGAACGAGGACUUUGCCUAUAGACGCGUCCAAGUCCUCUGUAUCCGUUUCACUGUUUUAGGUCAGGGAUUCUCUAAGGCCAGCUGCGGGGGGGCGCCCAUUUUCCCCCACUUUCGUCAGCUUGGUGAGCAUGCUGAGGAACUCUCUGCAGUGUGAAUGACAGCCCCCCCCCCCCCCCCAACACGGCAAAAUCAGUCCAUUAAAUACCGUCUUAUUUCAACCAAUAAAACUGUGUUUUGGGGACACACCUACUGAUAGCAUGUGGGCUGGGUCAGCGAUUGACCAAUGAGGAAGCUGGAAGGUGGUGGGUUUGUGGAUUGGUUUCUAAAUUGCUGUGUGCUGAAAGCUAAAAUGAGACAUUUCCUAAUUUACAGCCGGUAUAAAUGUGACCUUGUUAAAAAAGGCUUACAGUUCCGACACUUUGGGAUGUAAACUUGCAGAUAUAGCCUUGGAUUUUCAGUCGGAGACACCUUGAAUCAGUCAUUAAUUUAGCUGUCGUUGACAUGGUCCUCUGUGACUUAGACAUUCCAAUGAAGUUCAUAAUUGCUAAGAACCAUUCGUUCCCAUGGUUCGGAAUGGAUAUUGGGGGAACAUUGGUUAAACUGGUCUACUUUGAACCAAAAGACAUUACAGCAGAAGAGGAACAGGAGGAAGUAGAAAACCUGAAAAGCAUUAGGAAAUACUUGACUUCCAAUACAGCCUAUGGUAAAACUGGCAUUCGCGAUGUCCAUCUUGAACUGAAAAACUUGACCAUGUGUGGACGCAAAGGGAAUUUGCACUUCAUCCGCUUUCCCACCUAUGCCAUGCAUAGGUUCAUACAGAUGGGUAGUGAAAAGAACUUCUCCAGCCUGCACACUACACUUUGUGCCACGGGAGGUGGGGCUUACAAGUUUGAAGAGGACUUCAGAACGAUUGCUGAUCUGCAGCUCCAUAAACUGGAUGAGCUGGACUGCUUGAUCCAGGGCCUGCUGUAUGUUGAUUCUGUUGGGUUUAAUGGCCAGCCAGAGUGCUAUUAUUUUGAAAAUCCCACAGCUCCUGAACAAUGUCAGAAAAAGCCUUACUGCCUUGAUAAUCCAUAUCCAAUGUUGCUGGUUAACAUAGGCUCAGGGGUCAGCAUCCUAGCAGUGUAUUCCAAGGACAACUAUAAAAGAGUUACAGGGACCAGUCUCGGAGGUGGAACGUUCCUGGGUCUGUGCUGUUUGCUGACUGGCUGUGAGACUUUUGAAGAAGCACUAGAAAUGGCAGCUAAAGGAGACAGCACCAACGUUGAUAAACUGGUAAAAGAUAUUUAUGGGGGAGACUAUGAACGAUUUGGCCUUCAAGGAUCUGCUGUAGCAUCAAGCUUUGGCCACAUGAUGAGUAAAGAAAAAAGAGAUUCCAUCAGUAAAGAGGACCUGGCCAGAGCUACCUUGGUCACUAUCACCAACAACAUUGGCUCCAUUGCUCGCAUGUGUGCACUGAAUGAGAACAUUGACAGAGUGGUAUUUGUAGGAAACUUUCUCAGAAUCAAUAUGAUCUCUAUGAAGGUGCUAGCAUAUGCUAUGGAUUAUUGGUCCAAGGGACAGCUGAAGGCUCUGUUUUUGGAACAUGAGGGUUAUUUUGGAGCUGUUGGGGCCCUUCUGGAAUUGCUUAAAAUGACAGAAGAUCAGUGACAAAGCUCACUGGAAGUGGAUACCUGUCAAAGAUGCUGCUGGAUAGAAUGAAAGCCACUAUAAGGAUGGAAAUGAAGCCAUUAUGGCAGUUCUACCUGCUGGAUUUGUAAAUAAUUUAAAAUCCUUUUAGCUGAUCUCUAACUUUUGGGUUUUGAGCUUAAUACUUCAAAAUUCAUACUGGGAAUAAAAAGUUUUUUUCUGUACACUGUAUUUUUUAGGGGGUAAAAAAACCUGUGCAACGUGGCCAAACAUGCAGAUUUUAUGGAUUGAUUUUUAAAAGUGCACACUGUUUAAAAAAGGACCUAUACUAUGAGACACCUGCGUUUCUUCUGGGGUUUACUGAUUAGUGUGGUAAUUUUAACUUCAUCUAGUAAUCACUCUAGGAGAUUUUUAUCUUAUUUUUUCAUGACGUUUCAUGAUUUACUCUUGGUUUCAAAUGAAACUACAAAGCUGGCACAUUUUACUGUGAACACUAAACUAAUUGAUUUUGUUGCCUUCACUUUUUUUAUUUAAAAAGAUACUCUUCCCUCUCAUCCCUCCUGCAAAAAGAUGCCCUUUCUUUGACUACAUGUGUUUCUGUUAACGAAGAGGCACUAGCAGACCUGCUGAGAUGGGGAUAAGAUUUGUGUAGUCACUGGCACCUUUUGAAGUCAUGAACAUGAGUUAAUUGCUCAUUGUGGCACCAAAGUCCCUUGCAUUUUGGCCUAUUCCUUUCUGAAAUUUUUGAUUACUGGGUCAAAACUAAAACAAAAUCCUGUUAUGGUAAAAUUCAUCUAUGAAAAGAGCUCUAUGGUACAGAUGGUAUUUAUACAGUAUAUACUUAGCAUUAGAAAAUAACAAGGGAGAAUAAUUUCAAUAUGUCUGAGGACUUUACUGUAGUCAAUACAAUAACUUAAAUUUUAUGUUCAUCAAAUUUGUUGUUCAAAUCCCACUUUCUAAAAUUAGAACCAAUACUUAUUGUAUCAUAUAUUGGAUUAGGAACUAAAGUUUAAUUUUGCCUCCAGGACUUGGUAAAGUCUGAGUAUUUUUUCCUCAAUCAUUCUGUCUUACAAAUCUGUAUUUGAAAUUCAUCCUUUUUGAUGCGUCACAUGAUGUAAAGGGUCCAUCAGAGGGACAGCAUAAUUUUAGGGAGCAUGUGUUCUCUGAUGUGUUUUGGUUUUUUGUUUCUGAACACAGUCAUUAAUUCCCAUCUCUCUCAAACCUUGGAUAAAGUGAUUCUAACGGAAGCGUUGACUUGUCUGCUGGAAAUAAAGGCCUUUACUGUGUGAUGGUU